AUGGCCUCCACCGACAGCUGGACCCACGAGAUCGAAUCGCCGGUUGCCGCACCGCGCCUCUUUCGCGCCGGCGUCAUGGACUGGCACACACUAGCCCCCAAGCUCGCACCACACAUCGUCGCCAGCGCCCACCCCGUUGAGGGCGAAGGCGACAUCGGGAGUGUCAGGCAGUUCAACUUCACCUCAGCCAUGCCCUUCAGCCUCAUGAAAGAGAGGCUCGAGUUCAUCGACGCCGACAAGUGCGAGUGCAAGUCCACCCUCAUCGAGGGCGGCGGCAUCGGCACCGCCAUCGAGACGGCCACCUCGCACAUCAAGAAGCUGCUGCCGGGCGUGGAGGUGAACGAUGAGAUCACCAAGGCCAAGGAGUCUGUCACGGCCAUCUUCAAGGCCGCCGAGGCCUACCUCGUCGCCAAUCCGGACGCCUACAACUGA